GGCUCUCCUUACCUGUAUGUAUAUAUAAGAGACAGGCUGUUCCACACUCUCCGGAUUCCGCAAUGACAGCUCUCAGACUGGCCUCGUCCUUCCUUUGUCUCUUGUGUCUUACUGAAGCUUUCUCUGCUUUCAGCAGUAGUUGUUGCACCGAGCUUGGGGAAAGAAUUUCAAAGAAUACGCUAAAAAAAGUAAUCCGCUAUAAAAUCCAGAGACGUGAUGGCCUUUGUCACCUCCAAGCUUUUGUAUUGUACACUAAAGAGAAGACUUUAUGUGUGAGCCCCAAGAGUAAACGUGUCAGGACAUGGAUUGCGAAGAAAGUCAACGUCAAAAGUCCAAGCAAGUUAAAUCAUUCUCUGAAAAAGAAAAAGAAAACGAAUCAAAGAAAGAACAGGAGAAAAAUAAUUAAAAAGAACAAACAAAACUAAUGUGCUCAGAAAUUUGAUAUAUGCAUUUGGACUAUAUACUGAGAGCUCACUGCCCCAAAUGAAGAAAAUCCCUAAAGCAUUCACACAAAUGGAACUUUGUGUAAAAUGAACAUGAUUCCACCAGUGUUUCCAAAAGAAUAGGAGGAUUCUCCACAUACUCUCUUGCACAUCAAGCUUAUUAAGCGGUGGUGUGACUGGUGGUAAUGAUGGUGUGACUGGUGGUAAUGAUGGUGUGACUGGUGGUAAUGGUGGUGUGACUGGUGGUAAUGGUGGUGUGACUGGUGAUAAUGGUGGUGUGAC